AUGGCCACGUCAAGGGUAUUUGUCAAGGGCCUCCCCCCAAACAUCACAGAGGCCGAUUUCCGAAGACACUUUUCUGCUCAGGGCCGCGAAGUCACCGAUGUCAAGCUGAUAUCGCAGCGACGCAUUGGCUAUGUUGGAUACAAGAGCUCCGACGACGCAUCACGCGCCGUCAAGUACUUUCACAAGUCAUACAUUCGCAUGUCAAAGCUCUCCGUCGAGCUCGCAAAGGCUAUUUCAGACCCGACCCUUGCCAAAAACCACAAAUUCCCCUCCCCAACCGUUGCUCCUGCUGGCCAUGGUGGUCAGCAGCUGGCUGUUGACCAUGAUGCAAACCCGAAGAAGCGGAAGCGGGAGGAGCCGGAGCGUCCGGACCCCAAUCUGCGCGAGUUCCUCCAAGUCAUGAAGGCCAGAAGGGAAGGCGUUGUUGAUGCAGAUGAAUCAACCAUUGAAACCCCUGGGACUGGGGCAAUGAUUGUUCCAGAGGGCGAGAGUGACGACGAAUAUGACCAUAUACCGGCGAGUAAAAAGACGUCAAAGAGUGCUCGUCCUCUAGCGAGCCAAAAGAGACGCGACAACGACGAGGCCCACCAGGCGCCACCAAGGGAUAUGAAAGCACAUGAUGCAUCGCCGGCAGACGAUGCCGGCAGGGCACCUGAGCCCCCCGAGCCCCCUGAGCGCCCCGAGCAAGCGACCGACAACAAGUCACUGGCGGCUGACGCUACGGACGACGAUUGGCUGCGGUCGCGAACAAGCAGGCUGCUCGAUCUUGUAGAUCCUGACGACCUUAUGACCGAUACCGCGCCAAGGCCCCAGCAGGGAUCCGUCGAGCAAGACACUGGGAACGAUAGGGGCACGUCUCAUUCCUCGGACGAGUUGAUGCGCGACGUGGCCCAUGACGCCGCCGCCGCCUCCGCCGUCGAGGAAAUUGCAACGGAUGAUGCAGUCGAAGCAAUCUCCAAGACGUCUCGGCUCUUUGUCCGCAACCUGGCCUACAGCACCACCGAAGGGGACAUCCGUGAUGCGUUCGAGAAGUUCGGACAUUUGCAAGAGGUACAUUUGCCCACCAACGCGGCGGGGUCCAUCAAAGGGUUUGCCCUUGUGCUGUUCGUCGAUGCUGCCGACGCCGUGAGAGCAUUCCAGGCGAUGGAUGGGGCAACGUUUCAGGGGCGAAUUCUUCACAUCAUUCCAGCCACUGCCAGGAGGGAGCAGGGGCUGGACGAGUAUGGACUCUCCAAGCUCCCGGUGAAAAAACAAAACUUGAUUCGUAAGAAGGCCACGGCGGCCUCGACGGCGUUCAGCUGGAAUUCGCUCUACAUGAAUCAGGACGCCGUCAACAGCUCCGUCGCCAGCCGGCUCGGUGUCUCAAAAGCCGAGCUUCUGGACCCUACCUCGGCGGAUGCCGCCAUCAAGCAGGCCAUCGCGGAGACGACCGUCAUCCAGGAUACCAAGGCCUUCUUCGCCGCCAACGGGGUAGAUCUGGAGGCAUUCAAGUCGCAAAAGCGGGGCGACAGAACCAUACUGGUCAAGAACUUCCCGUUUGGCACCACCAUGGACGAGCUCCGACGCAUGUUCGAGGAGUUUGGACCGGUGCUCAAGGUUCUGAUGCCUCCGAGUGGCACAAUAGCGAUUGUCCACUACGCGCAGGCAAAUCACGCCAAGGCGGCGUUUGGCAGACUCGCCUACCGACGCAUCAAGGAUAGCGUGCUCUUCUUGGAGAAGGGGCCCAAGGACCUGCUAAAAGAUGACCAGUUGGAGACGGUGACGCCUGCCGAUAGCCAGCCGUCGACCGGGGUCCAAAAGUUAACGGUCGGGGACCUGCUGUCGACGGGCGAGAGGACGGAUGAGGCGGACACGACCUCCUUAUUCGUCCGCAAUUUAAACUUCGCCACGACCACUAGCAGGCUGGCCGAAGCGUUUGGGGCCCUCGACGGGUUCGUGUCGGCACGGGUCAAGACAAAAAUGGAUGCCAAGAAGCCCGGCCAGACUCUGAGCAUGGGCUUCGGCUUCGUCGCUUUUCGGAGCAAGUCCCAGGCGCAGGCGGCGCUCAAGGUCAUGGACGGCCAUGUGCUGGACGGUCACGCACUCGGCGUGAAGGCGUCCCACAAGGGCCACGACGCGGCCGAGGAGAGGCGGCGGGACGACCGGGCCAAGAAGACGGCGGCGCAGAGGACAAAGAUCGUCAUCAAGAACCUCCCCUUCCAAGCCACGAAGAAGGACAUCCGGACCCUGUUUGGGACCUACGGCCAACUUAGAUCUGUCCGCGUUCCAAGGAAGGCGGACCACACGGCAAGGGGCUUUGCGUUUGCAGAUUUCGUGACGCCACGGGAGGCGGAGAAUGCGCUGAACGCCCUGCGGGACACGCACUUCCUGGGCCGCCGGCUGGUGCUGGACUACGCCGAAGCCGAGGCGGUCGACGCCGAGGAGGAGAUCGAGAAGAUGCAACGGAAAAUAGGAGGGCAGGCCCAUAAGGUGGCCCUUCAGCAGCUUACGGGUGGAGGGAGGAAGAAGUUCAAUAUUGGCAACGACGGGGAGGACGACGAGGAGUAA